AUGGCGGGAAUUAAAGCGGAGCCGGAUGAUGAGACAAUGAACGGGUCGGAAGGCCAUCAGAGUGAUCUCAGACGGCAAUCCGCUGCUAGCGCGCUGUUGGCCCAGCUUCUUGGGAAUCAAUCAACAGAGCAACCGUCGUCCGCGGAUCCAUUCACUCCCAAUGCCCCAGGGGACAGCCAUAACAGUGCGCAUCCAACAGGCGGUGAUGCCCAGAUGCCAGAUUAUCCACCAUUACCAUCGACAGAGGAUUUUGGCAGGGGUCAUCACUCUGCGCCUGCUGAGCAGGCCUCGGGACACGAUCAGUUUUCGGUCCCGGCUGACUUGAGCCAGCAGGAUGAACAUAAUGCAAAUGCAGAACAGCAAGGGCCAUUUACUACCAACCCCGACGAUGCCGAAGCUAAUACUUUUUUACAACCACCGCCAAAGACGUCCGAUCCCUCCGCGAUAGAAAGUCUCACGGAUCCCUUAUUGAUGGCGAAAACGAACCUCGACCAAGGCGAUUACUUUAACGGACCGUUCGAUAUCGCAGCCGACCCAAAGACGCCGUUUGGGGAUUUAGAACAUAAUGAGAUGUUGACCGCAGCCUAUCUCUCCCAAAAUGCAGAUUUAUCAGCCCUGGGGUUAUCGGGUGAUCCGCUGCAUCAGGAUGGGACCGGUUCGGUCGCCGGGUCAGAACCUCGCAUUCAGGCCUUUGCGAAAUUGGAAUUCGAUGAUGGGCAUUUCUACUGCAAUACGUAUUCAUUUAUCCUUGGACGAGAUGUACGAGCCGCUCGCGCAGCGCACCAGCGGGAGUUUCAGGUCAAACAAGCGGUGCGCAAUUCGAGACCAAAGAGUUCAAGCGGUGGCAACGCAUCACACACGCCAAUUCGCGUUAAACCUGAAGGCAGUGGCAUUCUGGGGAGUGUGGUUAGCGACCGUGGUGGGAUCAUGGGAUUCGACCCUGAAGUACCGUCCCGUCGUCCCAUGAGCCGGAGAUCGUCCAACUCGUCCCUUGGUGAAUCAGGUCCUCCCUUACUGGCAACUCCGGCUCAGCUACAAUCAACCGAUUACAAUGCCCUUGCGAUGCAAUCGCUCAAUGAAGAGAGCAAUGAUGCAAAACCCGUCGAUGCCCUGGCUCUACUACCUUCCCCCGAUUCGUGUCCUACCAUCCCUAUCCACCCCCCGGCCACUGUGGACGGCAGCGCAGCUGGUCAUCGAGGUAUCUCUCGAAAACAUGUUAAGAUCGCAUAUAACUUUGACAAGAGCCUUUUUGAGAUGGAAGUGAUGGGGAGAAAUGGUGCUUUCAUCGGAGCCGAUUGGUUAUCGCCCAGUCAGAUCAGGCCUUUACAUAGCGGCGAUUACAUCCAGAUUGGAGGUGUGCGCAUCCGCUUUUUACUUCCUGACGUACCCAUUGGCGAGACAGGGGCCGAACGAAUGGAGGAACCAUACAUGGAAGAUGACGAAAAUGCUGUCGCAUUUGAUGUCGAAGACAUUAAUGCAGACGGGACCGAGAAUCAUGGGAGCGAUGCAUCGAAGAAGGAUGCCUCGAAGGCGGCACGACUUGUUCUUAAGACCAAGGACACUGACCCCUCGCAACAAAUACAGUCGUCGAUUGAAGGUGAUAGUUCUCAACAGCCUGCGCGUCGUCGCGGACCAGGGCGGCCUCCCAAGGAUGGGAUCAUGUCUAAAAGAGAACGUGCGGAACUUGCUAGAGAGCAGAAGCUGGCCGCAAAACGCGAAGCUAACGGUGGAGUCACUCCACCUCCUCAGAACAAACCAAAGGCUGGCAAGACCCCUGCCGGUCCUCGGGACUCCAUCAGUGCGGCCAGUGGCCAGGGUGCUGUGUCUGCUAGUGUUCCUGCUGUUCCUAUUCCUAGUGCUCCCGUGACCGGUGGCGCCGAAUCGCCAGGUUCUAAACCAGAAAAGCGAAAGUAUACCAAGAGGAAGAAGGCGGACGGCACGCUUAUGGAUACGCCCCUUCCGUCCACCGAGGGCGGCAACCAAUUUUCCGUGGAGCAGCGUCCGGAGGAGUUCAUCAAGGUCCCACCUCUCAAGAAGCGCAAGCCAUCACGGUCACCGUCGCCCAACUAUCCUCCCGAGUCUGCCUACACGCCCGAGGAUCUCUCCAAGCCACCAUACAACUAUGCUGUGCUUAUUUUUGAUGCUCUGACGGAUGCUGGAACACCAAUGACGCUCAAGCAGAUCUACCGUGCGUUGAAGUUGAAAUACCCAUAUUUCCGGUUUAAAUGCGAAACGGAGGGUUGGACAUCAAGUGUCCGUCACAACCUGAACGGCAACAGUCACCUGUUCAUGCAUGCAGAGCGAGAUGGCAAGGGAUGGUCAUGGCAACUCCGGCCUGGAGCGUCUGUUGAAAAGGAAAAGAAGAGACGUCCAUCGCCGCCGCCGCCAUCGUCGCAUACCCCUGUCCCGCCUACCCAGCCGUACAUGGCGCCACCGGGGUACACAAGUGCUGCGAAUGGCCAGGCGAACAUGGUCAAUCAACAAUUUCAAUUCCCACCGUCGAUGGCACCCAGUCCUCCAUAUCCUCCACCUGCACCUCCUCAACCUCCUCAACCCCCUCAAGCACCUGCACCUGCACCCGCUCGCAACUCAGCCCCGACACCUGCACCUUUCUCAAUUCCCAGUCCUAUUCGAAACAGUCUUCCUCGUGCGUUUGCUCAAACCGUGCCUACUACCUACACCUCUCCCUAUGCAUUCGAUCCUCCACCGCAACUGGCCCAAUUCCAGCAGUCGCACCAACAAUCGCAGCCCCUUCACAUACCGCCGCCGCCGCAACAACAAAAGCAGUCACCACAACAGCCACCUCAACAACCGCAGUACCAACAGGCACCGCAGCCACAUCCCCAGCCUGCAUAUCCCCCGCCACAGAAUCCCGCUCCUAUGCCAAUGAUGAACCACCAGCCACAGGGAUUCGCGCCUAACCCAGGUCCUCCACCUAUGCCGCCGCCACCGCCGCCGCCGCAGCAGCAGCCACCGCCGUUCAAUGCCGGCCCGGCAGAGCCAAAUACAGGGCCUUUGGAAGAAGAUAUGUCCUUCAAAGAGCGGGCUGGUAAAGCGAUUGACGACUUUGAAGCUGUCCUCAUGGAAGACUACGAUGACAAGAAUUACAUCCGUGAGGUGCUUCGAAGUGCGCGUGCUCGUGUUCUAGGCGAUGCCGCAGAGAGCUCGUUCCCUGGGGGAGAGCCUAAAGAUGAGGCGGUUAUCUAUGAUGCGCUGCGGAAUCUGGUUGGUAGUCUUGAGGGGUAG